AUGAAAACGGAACAAGAAGCAACUGAUCGUACUGAACGCUGUUUCAAUCGAUUGCAGACAGCGUUGCGUCGUGAUGGUAGUAUUCCGGAAAUCGGUUUACCACUUCAAGCGAUUGAGGGAUUUCUAACACGUUUAGCAAGUUUGGACUCGAAUAAUCGCUUCAAUACCGUUUGCAUCGGAGCUGGUGAACGUGAAGGUCGUGUUCUGUCGCCACUGGUUCAACGACUACAUUACGGUUUAGCACAUGGAAUUGGCAGAUCUGGAAAUUUGACCGAACGUCAACCAAAAGCAAUCGGUUCGUCUAUUCUUUCAGAAAUUACCAAUAAACUUGCCCUAGAUGCUAUUCGUUGUCUUGGAAUACCAAGUACGAAAGCAGCUAUGGUAGUACCUGUUGCAACCGGAAUGGCACUUUCGCUGUGUUUGGGUGCAUGGAGACACACGAAACGUCGUGCUAAAUUUGUGGUCUUUCUACGUAUCGAUCAAAAAUCAUGUUUUAAAUCCAUUUUUACGGCUGGUUUUGAACCGAUUAUAAUUGAUGGUAUCCAAGAAACUAUGAUAAGUGAUGGACUCAUUACGGAUCUUACUGCUCUGAAAGUUGUUUUGGAGAAACAAAAGGACGAAAUUAUUGCCGUGCUAAGUGCCACUUCCUGUUUUGCUCCUCGUCAGCCAGAUGAUUUGAUUGCUAUUGGUGAAUUAUGUACCAAAUAUGGUGUGAAACAUCUGGUAAAUAAUGCUUACGGUUUACAAUCACCAGAAUGUCGAAACCGAAUCGAAGAAGCCGGUUCAGCAGGAUAUAUCGAUGCUUUUAUACAAUCAACGGAUAAGAAUUUCUUGGUACCAGUAGGUGGUUCCAUUGUGGCAACAUUUGAUGAGAAAUCCUUGAAUAUCAUUGCUAAUUUCUAUCCAGGACGAGCUUCCAUCGUACCAUCACGUGAUUUGUUGAUUACUUUGUUGCAGUUAGGUAAAGUUGGGUUAAGAGAUCUUUACAACAUGCAACAAACGAAUUUUGAAAUUCUGCGUACGGCAAUGCGGGAAUAUGCUGAAACGAUUGGACAAAAGGUUAUGGAAGUUAAAAUGAAUCGGAUUUCGCUUGCAGUUACACUGAAGGGUUGGACAAACCAAGAGCAGAAUGCUUUCGGUGCUCAGUUGUUUAGUCGCGGUGUUACCGGUGCUCGAACGGUGCCCAAUGGCUUAUCAAAAACAAUUGAUGGCUAUGAAUUCCUCAACUUCGGUUCACAUUCAUCACGACAGCAUGAUGGUUACUUGAAUGUUGCCUGUGCAAUAGGCAUGACAACGCGGGAAAUUGAGGAAUUAGUAAAGGUACUCAAGGAGGAAACCCCAAAAUGGGCCUUUUCUCCGUCCAACAAUGCACAUGCUAAAGAUAGCAAUUCAGCACUUCGAAGUAGUGCUAAUUGCAUCACAGCAUUGUCCACAGAUGAUAUGCAAGCAGAUGAAAGCUAUGCAUAAUUUGU